GAUAGAGAGAGAGAGAGAGAGAGAGAGAGAGAGAGAGAGGAGGAGAGGAAGAGACUGUGUGUAAAUUGGCUUAUAUGAAACUUCAUGGAGUUGAUGUAGAAAGGUGCAAUCCUCAUUCUCCCCUCUUCACACUACUCACCCAUUCUCUUAUAUAAAUUCCUUAUUUUCCCCCUUCUGCCGGGGCAACUUCAACCAGCAGUGAGAUAUAGACAUUUAGAGAGAGAGAGAGAUAAGAAUUGGGGUAGAGAGAGAGAAGAAAAAAUGGAGAAUUGAACAUGUUCUCGCUUCAUAACCAGACUAGAGAUGUGUAGUUUUUGGCAGAGGAUGGACAACGAUCAAGGCGACCUCUCCGACAUCGUUCGAGCGAGCGGCGGAGGCCCAGAGCCCACCUUUGAAUGGCAUUUCCCGACUAAUUCGACUAGUUUUCCAGCGAUCUCAGAGGACUUUGGUGACCCCUUCUCGGUUUUCCGGCAUCCGGAGAUCAAUUUUCCUUCAAAUUCUUCCGCCACCAUGACGAAACCAUCAAUAGGAGGGGAGAGGGAAAGAGAACCUAUGUUAAAUGAAGCUGGUUUAAUGGUUGGUGAGGAGAUGAGGCCAUGUGAGCUUCUCUCUAGAAUGCUUCAAAUAUCAACACCAAAGUCAAAAGCAUCACCAGUGUGUGGCCUCAUCAAUUCUUCUUCUUCCUCUUCUACUUCUUGUUCUACUUCAUCAUCAUCAGUUUCUCCUAGGAUUGUUAAGACUCCGAUUGUUGGUGCAAGUGAUAAUAGUGUUAAGACUCAGCUAGUUGUGGGUUCAGUGGGGUGUCAGUCUGAGAGCAAUGGCUUGCAGAUUUCUUCUCCUAGGAACUCGGGGAUCAAGAGAAGGAAGAGUCAAACUAAGAAGGUGGUGUGCAUUCCUGCACCUUCAGCUGCCACUAACAGGCAAAGUGGUGAGGUUGUUCCCUCAGACCUUUGGGCAUGGAGAAAGUAUGGACAAAAACCCAUCAAAGGUUCCCCUUAUCCAAGGGGUUACUAUAGAUGCAGCAGCUCGAAAGGUUGCUCAGCUCGAAAGCAAGUAGAACGUAGUCGUAACGAUCCCAACAUGCUCGUUAUCACCUACACAUCUGAACACAACCAUCCAUGGCCAACACAGAGAAACGCUCUCGCUGGGUCAACAAGGUCCCAGCCAAUGAAGGCAAAUUCUUUGAAGAAUUCCCCAUCGACCCAACAAAACCCUAACCUUAAUUCUGCACUCUCCAUCAAGCAAGAGAUUAAGGACACCGAUAAUUCCACCAUCACCAAUACAAGGAGUAGCGAUAACUAUACCAACAAUGAUGUUGAUAGUAGUAUAUCCAUUAAGGAUGAUAUAAUGGGCGCAGAGAGAGAAGUGAUCAUGGAGGAUCGAGGCUUCAAUCCAGGGUUUCCGGUUUAUAGGCCGGUUCCAACUGACCAGAACCAUUCAGAUGAUUUCUUUGCAGAUUUGGGAGAGUUAGAGCCAGACCCUCUUAACCUCAUGUUCAACCAAGGGUUCAAUGAAGAUAAGAGUGAUGAAGAUGGUGAGAACAAGGAAGUGGAGCCAUUUAGCCUAUUUGACUGGUCUGAAAACUCAUUUGGAGAUUCUAGGAGGGGUUUAUAAUAAGACCUUGGAGAGGCCAAUGUCUUGGACGUUGGUGCAACUUCAAAUUCAAGGUCUUGGUAUAAACCCCAUUCCCAUCUCUUUGCAAGAGUUUGAAUCAGAAGAAGAAGAAGAAGAAGAAGAUGAAGAAGCAUUGAUUCUCUCUCUUUCUCUCUCUCUGUCUUCUUUCUCUAUGUUUAUGUCUUAUCUAUUUAUUUAUGUAUCUUGUUUUUGUAAGUGUUGAAUGAGUAAAGACUAAAGAGGCCUUCUAAGGGAUGGGACAGAGAAGCUUGAGGAACAUAAGCUCUCAACUGUUUGAGAAGUACAAAUUUGAGAUAUGACUGAAUAGCUUUAUUGAAGAGGUGGAUUGUCUUAACCUUUCUCCUUCUUUCCUUCACUUCUUUCUUAUCUUCCA